UGAGAUCAUCGGUCUAAUGGUAACUAUGAUUGUCUUUUGAUUGUGUCUUUUAACUUCAACAAAAUGAAGGAUAAAUUAAUUUUAUUCUAUGUAAUUAGUUUAUUAAUUUGUUCAUCACAUUAUGGUGUUUGUACGGAUAAUCAAAUCAAUAAAUGGUACCAACAAUUAACCAGAAAAGAUCCUGUGGAUAUUUUUAGUGCUCCAUCUCGAUUGCGUCGAGAUGCAUCUCCUAAUCAACCUCCUUUUUUUGACAAAUCUUUGUAUGUUGUUAACAUACCUGAAGAAAAGGAUAAAGGUACUGUGGUUACCAAAUUGAUUGCCAAUGAUCCCGAAAAGGGGGAAAUUUUCUAUUCCAUGUCGGCUGUUUUGGAUGCUCGAUCUCAAAGUAUGUUUAGUAUUGACUCUCUUUCCGGUGUUGUAACGACCACCUCACGUUUGGAUAGGGAAUUCAUGGAUCUUCAUUAUUUACGGAUAAUUGCUGUUGAUUCAGGGAUACCUCCAAAAACCGGAACAACAACUUUACAGAUAAAUGUUAAUGAUGAAAAUGAUCAUUCUCCCGUUUUUGAGAGAGCCUCAUAUGAGGCAAGUGUUAAAGAAUCACUGCCCAUUGGAUCAACUAUUUUAAAUGUUCGAGCAACCGAUUCAGAUGCUGAUAUAAAUGCCGAAAUUGAAUACAGUUUACUUAAUCCAACUGGUCCCAAUGAGGCUUUUAAAAUUGAUAGUAAAACCGGUGUUAUAACAACACGAGCAUCGCUUGACCGGGAAACGGUUAACAAUUAUAUUCUCAAUAUUCAGGCUUCUGAUUGUGCUGCACCAGCUCAUCGAAAACACGCUGAAACAACUGUUAAAAUCACGAUUCUCGAUGAGAAUGAUAAUUAUCCACAAUUUUCAAAUCGCUCUUAUACUGCAACGGUUAAGGAAGAUGUUGAUUGGUCUUCUCAUCCAGUUAUUAUAACUAUUUCAGCAAAUGAUGCAGAUGAAGAUUCUAAUGCUGCAAUAAGAUAUUCAAUUAUUGGAGGAAAUACUCAGGGACAUUUUCAGAUUGACUCAAUGACUGGUGAUAUUUCAGUAAUCUCUCCAUUGGAUCAUGAAACAACUCGUAAUUAUAGACUAAUAUUAAGAGCUCAAGAUGCUGGUUCACCGCCACGAUCAAAUACAACCAAAAUAUUAAUCAACGUUGAAGAUGUUAAUGAUAAUGAGCCCAAAUUUUAUAAUUCACUUUUCCAAGAAUCCGUGAUUGAAAAUACUCCACCAGGAACAAAUGUACUUCGUAUCCAAGCAUUUGAUGAUGAUGAUGGUGAUAAUGCUCGUCUCACCUAUUCCAUAAAGGGAUCAUUAUCCAUCAAUGGUCAAACUGAGACCAUUAUUGGUACCCUGCCCAAUGAAAUGCCACUAACAAUAAACAAUGAAACGGGCUGGAUUGUAACAACCCGUCAAUUAGAUUGGGAGGAGGGUAAUUUGUAUGAAUUUUCAGUUAUUGCCCGAGAUAAUGGUUCUCCUCCUAAAUCAUCAUCAGCAAAUGUUAUUGUUCGUAUUCAAGAUGUCAAUGAUAAUGAUCCCAUUUUUGAGCCUAAAUCAUAUUAUGCAACCGUUUCAGAGGUUGAUCCUGUUGGGACAACGGUGGUAAACAUUUUCGCCACUGAUCGAGAUGAAAAUUCAAGACUUAACUUCCAAAUAACCAAUGGUAAUAAUAAAGGUAAAUUUAACAUUUAUAGUCAAAAAAAUCAAGGUCAAAUUACAGUUGCCCAACCAUUGGAUUAUAAAUCGGAACGUCGAUAUGUGUUAACUGUAACCGUCUCAGAUAAUGGCGGUCGCUCUGACAUGGCCAUUGUUUAUGUCAAUGUAUCUGAUGCCAAUACUCAUCGACCAGUGUUUGAGAAAACACCUUACGCUGUAAGUAUACCUGAAGAUGCACCAUUGGGAACAACAGUUUUAAUUGUUGAAGCAAGUGAUGCUGAUAUUGGUGAAAAUGCUCGUUUAACUUUUUCAAUUGAUGAAAAUGGUGAAUUUAAAAUUGAUCCGAUUACUGGUUCUAUUACAACAAACAAACCUUUAGACCGUGAAAGGGUCGCCGGGUAUACGCUUGUAGUUACAGCAACGGACAAUGGUUCACCUCCACUGGCCGAUACAACAAAUGUUGAAAUUGAAGUGAUGGAUGUUAAUGAUAAUUCACCUAAAUUUAAACAAGACUCUUACCAAGCAUCAAUAUCUGAAGAUUGUCUAAUUGGUACUCGAGUUGCACAAAUUCAAGCAACCGAUGAUGAUUAUGGUCUCAAUGGUCAAAUAAGAUAUACUUUUAAUGGUGGUAAUGAUGGUGAUGGUGCAUUUGUUAUUGAUUCAGCUUCGGGUAUCAUACGAACCAAUAAAGUUCUAGAUCGAGAGUCAACAGGUAAAUAUGAACUUGUUGCGAUCGCCGUUGACAAUGGUAUUCCAAGUCAAUCGUCAACCGUCCCGAUAAAUGUGAUUAUUGAAGAUGUUAAUGAUAAUCCACCUCGAUUUGAUUCGGACAUUUUACGAUUCCAUGUACCUGAAAAUUCACCAAUUGGUUGGGUUGUUGGUGAAUUGAAAGCAAUUGAUCCUGAUGAAGGAGCUAACUCCAAAAUUGAAUAUUCAAUCGUCGGUGGGUCCGAUGCAAAAGCAUUUUCCUUAGUAAGUCGUAGUAAUGAUAUCGCUGAACUUGUAACUCGUGUCGACAUGGAUUACGAAUCACCGAAAAAAGUUUACAAUUUAAUUGUUCGCGCAUCAUCAGUUCCAUUGAGAAAUGAUGUUGACGUGCAAGUCUACGUGACCGAUGUAAACGACAAUGCUCCAAUACUCAAAGAUUUCUCAAUUAUUUUCAACAAUUACAAAAAUCACUUCCCUGAACCUAUUGGACGUGUGCCAAUGUAUGAAGCCGAUGCCAAUGACGUGAUGAAUUUUAAAUUUCUUUCUGGAAACAAGGCUGGACUAUUGAUACUAAAUUCAACGACUGGAGAGAUACGUUUAAGUACCAGUUUAAACACCAAUGUUCCAACUCGAGCUCGCUUUGAAAUAAGUGUCUCUGAUGGACUUAAUGAGGCAUCUGCUCUUUGCCAAUUAACCGUCAACCUGGUCACCGAAUCGAUGCUAUUUAACUCUGUCACCAUAAGAUUAAACAACGUGCGACCAAUAACCUUUCUCUCCUCUCUAUAUGAACGUUUUCUCGAUGGACUGUCAGCCAUUGUACUCCCAAAAGAAAAUAUAGUCAUCUUCAGUUUACAGGAGGAAAAAAUUACCAAAGGUCAAAUUUUAAGUAUCAGUUUCUCGGCCCGAAUACCCGAUUCAAAUGACCUGGACGCUUUUUAUCCUUCUCAAUAUCUGCAAGAGCGAAUCUAUCUAAACCGUCCUUUCCUAACAAUGAUAACUGGAUUAGAAGUAUUACCUUUCGAUGAUAACUUAUGCGUUCGAGAACCAUGUCCCAAUUUCGAGAAAUGUUUAUCGGUGCUGAAAUUUGGAAACGCUUCGGAAUUUAUCAAUUCUGAGACUACACUUUUCCGACCAAUCAAUCCUGUUAGCACUUUCGCCUGUCGAUGUCCAUACGGUUUUACUGGAAUGUAUCAUAAAUAUGAAUGUGAUACAGAAAUUAACUUAUGCUUUUCCAAUCCAUGUUUAAAUGGUGGAACUUGUAUUCGUCGAGAAUCGGGUUAUGUUUGCACUUGUCCGGUCGAUUUCGUUGGUCGUAACUGUGAACAUAAUUUACAAACUGACCAUUGUUCAGAAGGAGUUUGUAAAAGUGGAUCUGAUUGUGUUAAUAUUCGUGAUACAAUUUCCGAUACUUCAGGUUUACCUGUUUUCAAAGGUUUCCGUUGUGCUAAUUGUACUCACGGUGAAUGGAGCUCACCAAUAUGUGAACUACACACUCGAUCAUUCACCAAAGGAUCUUAUUUAACAUUCCCUCCAAUCAAACAGCGUAAUCGUUUUAAUAUAAAGCUUAAAUUUGCAACCCGUCGAGAUAAUGUUCUACUUUUUUAUAAUGGCCGAUACAAUGAAGAGCAUGAUUUUAUCGCUUUGGAGAUAAUCAAUUCAUCAAUUAUCUUCUCUUUCUCAUUUGGUUCUCUAUCAUCUUUUACUCAUCAAGUCUCCCUACCUGCUUUACCUGGAUAUCUAACCAAUGGUCUUUGGCACACGGUUGAGGUUAAUUAUUUUAAUCGAACGGCAACUCUUAGUUUACAUAAUUGUGACCGAGGAAAUAUGAUCGGUUUACCUAAAGAAACAAUGGAUUACAAUUUAUCUUGUACCAAUUCAUCUACUUUUCAUCUUGAGGCUCGAUGUUCCGAUCGAAUGCAAACUUGCUAUAGAUAUUUUGAUCUCUCAGGUCCACUUCAAAUCGGCGGAUUACCUCCCCUGCCAACUCAGUUUCCCAUUACAACAAAUUCAUUUGUUGGUUGUAUUUCUCAUCUAACCAUUAAUCAUGAGUUAAUUGAUCUCAAUUCAUAUGUUGCCAACAAUUCAACUACUCCAGGCUGUUCAGAUAAACGUGAUUUCUGUCAAUCUCAUCCUUGCAUGAAUGGAGGAACCUGUACUGAAGGAUGGGGAUCAUACAUGUGCCGUUGUAGAGAUGGUUAUCUUGGUAAAGACUGUAGCUCGGAAAAUGAAGUUGUCAAACAUUUCAACGGUGAUGGUUAUUUAAUAUUUGCUCCUCGCCUACGGCCAAUUAGUAUUCCCUGGUUGGUUAGACUAUCCUUUAAAACACUCAAAAGUAAAGGAACAAUUUUACGAAUGCAAUUAAGCCAGAAAACUUAUGUAAUUAUCGACAUUGAAGAUGGUCUAUUAAGAUACACCUUUGAUCGUGAAACUGUUCUCGUAGCUCCAAUUAAAGUGAACGAUGGUGAAUGGCAUUAUUUGGAAGCUAAUUGGAUGACCAAUGGAAUUUGGUUGAAUCUUGAUUAUGGUCAGUAUGAGGCUAAUCAAGAUUUUACUGGUGACAUUCGUGGCCUUUUUAUAUCCAAAGUUUCUGUUGGAGGUAUUGAACCAGGUGAAGAUGAAUCAACUGCACCGACAGUGCCAAUAUCAUCACCUGAUAUUGACCUGGUUGGUUUUAAUGGGUGUAUUCAAGGAGUUGAUGUUGGUAAUGCUCGUGAUGCUUGGUUAAGGCCACUAAGUGAGCUUAAUGUCGUUGAAGGUUGUCAUUAUCAUGAUCCAUGUUCAUCUAAUCCUUGUCCUCACCAAGCUCAAUGUAUUAACAAAGGAUUGGGAAACUUUGUCUGUAAAUGUAAUCCAAGUUAUGUUGGAGCAGAUUGUAUCUUAGUUUGUGAGCUGAAUCCUUGCUCACCCGGUUCCCGAUGUAUCCCUUGGAACAACAAGGAAGGCUAUCGAUGUGAAUGUGAUGAAUUUCAUACUGGACCAAAUUGUGAUGUAACAAUUGAAGAUCGGUGUCCAUCAAAUUGGUGGGGUUAUCCAAUUUGUGGCCCUUGUAAUUGUGACUCGGACAAAGGUUAUGAUGGUCAUUGUAAUCAAACAACAGGCGAGUGUAUGUGUCUUGAGAAUCAUUAUCAACCCAUUGGAAGUGAUUCUUGUUUCUCAUGUGAUUGUUACUCACGAGGAUCAUUAAGUAAUCAAUGUGAUCCAAUCAGUGGUCAGUGUCAAUGUAGACCUGGAGUAAUUGGUCGUCGGUGUGAUACCUGUGCUAGCUCUUUGUACGAGGUUACAAUGAGAGGAUGUGAAGUGAUCUACGAUGGUUGCCCUCGAUCUUUUGCCGAAGGUAUUUGGUGGGAAAGAGGAUUAUUUAAAACGGAAGUGAUUCAAAAUUGUCCAACCGGUUCAUUUGGUAAAGCGAAACGUUUUUGCGAUGAAACCAGUGGCUGGGGAACUCCAGAUCUUUUUGAAUGUACCUCCAAUACAUUCAGUGAACUCGCUGAACAAUUGGUUUUACUUGAGAAGGAAAAGUUUCCCCUGACAACUUACAUGUCAAUCAAAUUUUCCCAUGAUCUUAAAAAUGCAAUCAACUCAACCAAAGAGUUAUAUGGUAGUGAUGUCCUAAUUUCUUAUGGUAUUUUGUACCAUUUAUUAUCCUAUGAACUUGACCAGAAAGGACUUAAUUUAACUCAUAAACAAGAUCGAUAUUAUGUCAACAAUUUAAUUUACAUUACAAGUAAAAUACUCGAUGAAAGUUAUUCCAAGUAUUGGGCAAAAAUGGCUUCUGAAUCACCCGAUAGUUCUGGACCUGAGGUGUUAUUAACACUAUUCUCAGAUUAUAGUAAAGUUUUGAUUGAAAAUAUGGAAGACACUUAUACUGAGCCAUUUGAAAUCGCUUAUCCUAACAUGAUAUUUGGUUUGGAUACAAUUGGUUACGAUGAACUUUGGGAAGUAACAACAAUCAGUAAAUCAUUACAAUAUGAAACUUUAUCAUCGACUAUAGCAAAUACAACAUCAAUAGCGGCUAAUAAUCAAUCGAUUGAUAUGAAAAAAUUGUCUUCCUCACCUUACCUUGACCAUAAUGUCCCAUCAUCCAUUGGACCGAUCAUAUCAUUACCCAAGUACAACAAUUAUCCAAUGAGGAAACAACACUCAGAUGAAAUUACCCGACUAAUUCCUUCAUUGAAAAACUUACAUCUCAAAGAGCCAAAUAAUUUAACUCUUUUUGAAAAAUCAAUACUCUCAUCAAGUGGUUACUCUUCAUCACCAUCAUCCUCAUCCCCAAGCUCUAUGAUAACAAAUUAUCCUCGAGCCAUUUACUCUUAUGCCAUUUAUCAAACAUUAGGACAACAUUUGAUGGCCUCUUAUGACAGUUCAGUUAAACAUAGAUUCGGUGUUCCUGUGAAACUUAACACUCCCCUGACAAGUUUCAUCUUACGGCCCGCUGACUCGAAACUUUUUCUCGACAAAAGUAUUAAACCUCGAAUAACUGUUCGUCUGGCAACAUUAGCCUCCGAGGGUUACAAUAAUCCUCAGUGUGGUUAUUGGAUUUCAGGUUCUAAUGGUAAAUCUGGUCGAUCACAAUACGAGUCACGAUCAGGUAAAUGGUCAACUCGAGGAUGUGAGAUAACUGGUAUUUAUCCACCAACCAAAUUGAGACGAUCAUUUACCUACAUCAAUUGUACCUGUGAUCGAAUCGCUCCAUUUGGUGUUCUCAUGGAUACAACAUCAUCUAAAAUUUAUGUUGAAGAAUCAUUUGUUCUUGGUGUUGCUACACUUGCUGGUAUUUCACUUUCAUUGGUCAUCCUUUUGGUCACUCUUUUCCUGCUUUCAGUUAUCCGAGGAGUUCAAACAAAUAGUAACAGCAUUCAUAGGAAUAUAGUUAUCUCCAUGUUUGCUUCUCAAGCAAUAUUCAUUGUGGCAAUGAAAUUAAGGAACUCAUUAACUCAACGAGGUUUUCCUUGUACAAUGGUGGCAAUACUUUUACAUUAUACUUUUCUUUGUGAGUUCUCCUGGAUAUUUGUAGAGUCCAUUCAUCUUUACCGAAUGUUGACCGAAAUUCGUGACAUAAAUCACGGACCAAUGAGAUUUUACCAUUUUGUUGGCUAUGCUUUACCUGCGAUAAUAGUUGGCUUGGCAGUUGGUGUUCGAGCUGACCAGUAUGGACAUUAUCUAUUCUGUUGGCUGUCACUUUAUGAAAGUGUCAUUUGGAGUAUGAUUGGACCAAUAUCUUUAUUUUCCUUCCUUUCAGUAGUCAUCUUUGCUUUAGCUCUUCGAGCAAGUAUCCAAAUAAAAGAGACAGUUUCUGACUAUGGUAACCUAAAGACUUUACUUUGGCUUAGUAUUAUAUUACUUCCUGUUCUUGGUUCGACUUGGAUUCUUGCUUUAUUAGCUUCAAAUGAUACACUGGAAGAGUUCAACUUGGGAUUUGUCAUUCUUUCGAUUAUAUCUGCUUGUUAUGUGUUUGUUGGUUACUGUUUGGUAAAUCGACGAGUGAGACAAAAUAUUAAGAUCACUUGGUAUCGAUUGAAGGGAAUUAAAUUGAACCAUUUAGAGGAAAGCAUGAGUGGAACACGAACAUCAUUAGCUGCCAAAAAUUCAUCAGGAGGGAUAAUCAAUCCAAUCCAAGGUGCUCAUCUUGAUGUUCUUCAUGCUCGAGGUUUUGGUAUUUCAACAUCAUCAACAACUAGUCGUUCAACCGCAACAAAAACUUCAUCAAGUCCUUACAGAUCUGAUGUACCAAGUGGCAUUUCUCCGUCGGUACAAUCACAUCAUAAAGCUCGUCAUCAUGUUCACCGAGGUGGUGGUCGUAAAGGUGUUCGAGGCCGUCGAGGUAGACCGAUGGACUCAGCAUCUGAAAGUGAAAUGUCCUACCAACGCUCUUUUGAUUUGGCAUCUAGUCAUUCAUCUGAUGAAGAAGAGGUUGAGGCCAUUGAUGCACCAGAACAGAAUCAUAUCAACAUAAUGAGACAACAAUCAAUGACUGGAGUAAGUGAACAUGUUGACCAUUUAAAUGGUUUAGUUGUGUCAGCAUCUGAACAGCAAAAUCUAUCUCAGCAUCAACAUACUAAUCAUCCACAAUUUAAUGAGCAAAAAAGAUGGGGAUCAUUUGGUAUGAACAUAAGACAACCACCAACUUUAACCUCGAUUGACCCUCAAUCUAAUGUUGACGGGAUAGGAUCAGUUCCUUACAUGGCCCAAAGACCUUACAGUCGCUCAAAUAUCUUAGCCAUGGGAUUACCAGAAUCAGAUGAUCCUAAUGUUAUCAUGGGAGGACCAAAAACCUUUUAUGACAACUCACCUGAUAUGAAUACAUCUCAAGAUGAAGGAUUAUCACCAGAGUUUAAUGAUGACAAUGGUCAACUUAUGGCUUCUGGAGGAGCUCCUCAAGUGCAUCAAAGGUACGAUAGUUUACCUGUUCAUGAUGUGAAUCAAAUGAUGGCCAGUCCAUCAGAUCACAAAGAGAUCAAUAGUCAUCAGUUGGAAGAUGAUGUCGUUGAGACAGAUGAAUCAUAUCACCAUCUCUAUCAUCAUCAACAACAACCAUCUCCAUCAGGCUCUGGUCGGAGUGUCAAUUUACAAGAAGAUGUAAAUAUAACCACUAAUCCUUAUGGAUAUCUUCCCGAACGAAACACUUCACAGCUCAGGAAUAAUACUCAAGAUGCCAUAGUAUCAUCAUCUCCUCGAGGAGUGACCAACACAUCGCCAAUUCAAAAAUCUCAAUCAUCUUCUUCAUCAUCUUUAUCCCAUCGAAGCCAAUAAUCAGUUACUCAUAUUAUCAAUGAGUCUCGAUGAAUGAAAAAUAAUCAGCUGGAAGUACAAAGAUCUUAACAAACCAACUACAUUAAAUGUCACAAUUUACUAGAUUAACUAUUUUUUUCUCUUCUCUAACAUUUACCUCAACACAAUCAACGACAAUUAAU